AUGGUCGGACUGCUACCAGCAACUGCCAUCUUCUGGAUGAUGGAUCCUUCUGGUCAGCAUGUAGCUCUACAGGGCGGACUCUUCUAUCUCUUUGGGAUCAUAUUCUUUAAAAUGGACGGCCGCAUUCCCCUGGCCCAUGCGAUUUGGCAUUGUUUUGUCGCCUCUGGCGCCUAUACCCACUUCGUGGCAAUCGAUACCUACCUUCUCACUUAA